AUGUCCGACGAUUUUCUCUCCACUCUCGUCAUGUCCGACGAUUAUGACACUCCACAAGUGCCCAUUCCCUCCAUCGACUAUAUCCCUGAGUCUGAACGUCCCUCACAACCAGCUCUCUUCGCCACCAUGUCUUCCUCUUCCACUUUGUUGGAACAAUCGUCGUCCGCUACUCCUCCAGCCGAGCACGAGACCGUCCCAACGGGAUUCUAUACUCAGCACUUUAUCGCGCUACAAGGCCAAAUAGACCUUUUACAAGAAUCUCAACAUGCUCUCGAGAUGUCUGCCACAGAGCAACGACGUAGUUUGGAAGAUAUGGCUCUGAGCCUCGAAGAGAUCGCCAGUGAUAUGGUAAAGAUACAUAACCAAUCAAAUCAGGAUGUCCAGCAUACCGACGCACAAGAUGCUCUGCGAGCCUUGGACGAUCGCCUUGCCCGCAUGGAGGACCGACAAAAGCAGGUGGAUGAGCUGGCGACUCAGCGGGCUGACGUGACCGACAAAAUCUUGAAACAUCUAACGGAAGGUCUGGGGAGUGUAUAUGGGAGGAUAGAAACUUCAGAGAGGGUACAUGCAGAAGGUAUCAAGUCUGUUAACCAAAGGCUCGAAUCCAUCGUUUCUAGACUCGACUGUUUAGAUCGUACGUCCCCUUCUGAGUCUUUCGCCUCGCCAACGGUCGAUCCACCCCCACCGGUUUCGAAAAUGACUUACUGGCACCAACGGGAGAAGGAACCGAGCUCCAUAGCUUCCUCGUCUAGAAGUAUAGCCAGGCCGCCUCCUCGCCAACAAGGAGCAGCGACGAAUAGGACCACUAUCACCCCAUCUCCACUGAGUCGGACCACACAGGUCCAUCGUGACGAGAUCGUCGCUGCUUUGUCCGCCGUAUCCACCCCUGAAGCUGAGAUAGCGACCAACGAUCAACACGAAGCGGGUGAUUGGGCCGUUGAUCAUAGCGGACAUCUGGACAUGGAUAUGACGCAGGAUCCGAUAGUACAUUCCUCUGUCCCACCACCAUCCACAGGCCAGGAUGUGUUUCGACAUCACGAUACGGAAGAGAGCGGUACAGAUGAUAUCAGAACGAAAAUUGGACUAGAUAUUGGUGGGGUAGAAGACGGAGGAAUGGACGAUGUUGAAGAGAUGAUGAGGAUUGCGUCACGAUCCCCAGAAGGGACCCCAUCGGGAGACACACCAGAAACCGUCAGACGACGAUCGUUCCGACCACGACGUCGCCCGGUGAAUUAUCACAGCCAUCCUCUUGACGGAAAGAAGCUGUUUGUCUCUUCUCCCAAGAAGAAGAAAGGCAAGAGGGAGCCUGGGCAUCGAUUGAGAUCUUUUAAAGGGAGAGUGUGGCUAAAUAAUAAAUGUUUGAGCGCUAGUGAUGGGGAAAAGAGAGGAGAAGGUGUAUGGCCGACUAAAAGUGAGAAUACGGUCAAGGGGAAGAUGCAAGAAGUAAUCUGCGACGCUUGUAAAGGUCGAGUUCAUUGGGCGUGUGCGGGACUACAACCAGAAGAUGACAUGUCGGAAAGAACCUGGGAUUGUCCUGAUUGCGAACUAGCAAUAAAAAAGGGAACUUCGAGAAGAGAGAUAGAAGUUGCCCCUCAGGAUCAAUGUAUCCGAUUCAACUGUAUCCUCAGAGACAAAAAAGCCACAGUCAGAGAAGACGAUGACGAUAAACAGUACGUCGUUGAAAAGAUCAUUGGACGGAAAGCGAUAGCGAGGAAUCAAGAGGAUCAAAGUAGGAUCUUCAAAUAUCUAGUUCUAUGGUCGGAUUGGCCUAUCACCGCUUCUACAUGGGAACAUCAAGAUCCUGAUUUCCCAAGAACGAACCCUCAUGUUCGUCAAUUCAUGGAAGAAGCGAUAUCGCUUGAAAUACCUCUAAGACCAGCAGUGGCCUUGCUUCCAGAAGCUACAAAAUAUUGGGACCAAAGGGGAGAUGAGAAGAAGAGAAAUAGAGAGGAAGGUGAAGAUGAUGAAGAUGAGAAACCUAGUCAAAGAAUGAGAAGAGGGACAACUACGACUACGACGACAACUACUACGACUACUACCAAUACGAAUCAAGCUUCUUCGAGUAGUAGAGCUGAAGGUGAACCUUCUGUUCCUAGAUCUGAGGUGUAG